UUACAGAACCGGAAGUCGCGUAUAGACCUCUUUCCUCUUGUGGCCAUCGCUGGAUCGCAGCCGCCAAAAUGAAGUUCAAUCCCUUUGUGACUUCUGACCGGAGCAAGAACCGCAAACGGCAUUUCAAUGCACCUUCUCACAUUCGGAGGAAGAUCAUGUCUUCCCCCCUUUCCAAAGAGCUGAGACAGAAGUACAAUGUUCGCUCGAUGCCCAUUCGAAAGGAUGACGAGGUUCAGGUUGUCCGGGGACACUACAAAGGCCAGCAGAUUGGCAAAGUGGUCCAAGUGUACAGGAAGAAAUACGUCAUCUACAUUGAACGGGUGCAGCGAGAAAAGGCUAAUGGCACAACUGUCCACGUGGGCAUCCACCCCAGCAAGGUGGUGAUCACCCGGUUAAAGCUGGACAAAGACCGAAAGAAGAUCCUGGAAAGGAAAGCCAAGUCUCGGCAAGUAGGAAAGGAGAAGGGCAAAUACAAGGAAGAAACGAUUGAGAAGAUGCAGGAGUAGGGGCGUCUCAUACAGUUUUCAUUAAAGACUGCUUGAG